AUGACAUUUAAAAUUCUAACUUUAAUAUUUAUUUUCUUAUCCUUGUCUUAUUUCACUGAAGCUAAAACUGAAGAUUAUAUUACAGAAUGUUCAAAUUUACCAAUCGAGACAUGUGGUAAAGUAGCCAAUUGUUGGCCAUCCAUAGGAAAAGAUUGUUGCGGAUCCACUGAAUUCGAAUGUAUUAAGAUGGCUCGUGAUAUUUGUAACUAUACUUCGAAUACAGUUACUUGGUGUUCAGAAGGUUCAAAGGGACGUUACUUUGAAUACCAAACCAACAAUAUAAAUUGUUUACCUGAUGGAAAUAAAUAUUUCCUUCCAAAUAAUAAGAAAUGUUCAGAUAUUAAAUGUCCAAGUGGAUUCCAAUGUAAAGAUGUAAAACAUAAGAGCAAGUGUCAAUCUAAAACUUCAUGUUGUAGUUUCAAGUCGAGAUGUGUCUUGACAAACUUGAUUGAGAUAUCCAAUGAUUUACAGACAGCCAUCAACGGAACAGUCGCACCAACCACCACAAACAAACCAAGAUUCAGUAUUGAGCCAAUUCAGAAAAAGAAUGAUACCAAAGUCGAUAAUAGCACUGUAGUUGCUACACCAACACCAACAGCAGCUCCAGUUAAUGUUACUGCUGCUCCAACAAACUCAACCACAGAUUCAUCGGUUGCACCAACUACACCAUCUCCUCUUUCUACCUCUGGUGUUUACCCAACCACUACAACAGGAAAGCCAGUCGGAUCGACUACAGAGACAAGUCCAGCAGUUGUAACCACUGCCAAGCCAACAGUGGCACCUCUAACAACUGGAUCAGCCGCACCCAUCCCAGCAACUACUGGAUCUUCAGCACCUAUCCCAGCAACUACUGGAUCUUCAGCACCCAUCCCAGCAACUACUGGAUCCUCAGUACCAGUAACAACCACUGGAACAACAGGUUCAUCUGCACCGAUCCCAGCAACUACAGGAUCAACAGUUCCUACUCCUUUAACAACCACUGCAGCAGCAACAACAACUGCAACAACAACAACAACUGCAGCUGAACCAAUUACCUCUACCACAGGAAGUGAUGUUCCAUAUCCAACUACAGGAUCUACAGUUCCCACUCCAGCCACCACUGGAUCAGCAACCACAGGAAGUGAAGUCCCUUAUCCAACAACAGGACCAGUUGAACCAGUUUCAACUACACUAAGUGUCACCACAGGAACAACCACAUCAAAACCAUCUGAACCAGAAGUACCACAAGAAGAUACUCUACAAUCUUGGUUUACUUCACCAUCCGCUCAUACUCCACAAUUUGAAGAUGUCGAAUAA